AUGUCGUCGUCACCUUCGCAAUACGCAAUGCCUACUCCACAACCGUAUACGAAUUCUUCAAUUACUCCCACGUACCCUAAUGCUACUUAUGCUCCUGCCCAACAACCAUCUCAACCCUUUUCAUCAACGACUCCUGUUAACUCUCAGACUGCAGAAAAGAGUGGAAACAGUAGUGAUAACGGAAAUAGAAGCACUGGCUAUAAAGGGCAGACAAGAAGAGAGAAUAACUGUGCAACUGACAUAUGCUUGUAUGGAACUUCUGAAGGGAUGAGGGUGAACGUUAAAGAAUUGGACGUAAAACUGCAAAGUGAACAUUACGCCAAAGGAGCGUUGGACUUUAUACCUUCUUCUCGAUUUGAGGAGGUUGUGCUUAUAUUGAUUAUAAUUCGCGACGAUAAAGACACUGGCACAAAGAGAAUCUCGGAAAUCGGUGUCUCUGUAUUUCACAUGAAGAAUUUAAUAUUGAUUAUGCCAGGAAGACGAGGAAACCGUAUUUGGCUUAAUCGAUCAUAUUAA